AUGCAGCCCUUGUCCGCGUAUGGGCCUAACGCGUCCUGGUGGGCGCCGGCCAACACAACGGUCUGCCCCGGCUGUGGCGCCAACACUUCGAACGGUGCGAUCCCUGAGCCUUGGCCCGUGGACGCCUGGCUGGUGCCGCUCUUCUUCGGCGCGCUGAUGCUGCUCGGCCUGACAGGGAACUCGCUGGUCAUCUUCGUCAUCUGCCGCCACAAGCAGAUGCGGACGGUGACCAACUUCUACAUCGUCAACCUGGCGGUCACAGACUUAACGUUCCUGCUGUGCUGCGUGCCGUUCACCGCUCUGCUCUACCCGCUGCCCGCCUGGGUGCUGGGCGACUUCAUGUGCAAGUUUCUCAACUACAUCCAGCAGGUUUCGGUGCAGGCCACGUGCGCCACUCUGACCGCCAUGAGCGUGGACCGCUGGUACGUGACAGUGUUCCCGCUGCGCGCCCUGCACCGCCGCACGCCCCGCCUGGCGCUGGCAGUCAGCCUCGGCAUCUGGGUGGGCUCGGCUGUCGUGUCGGCGCCGGUGUUCGCCCUACAUCGCCUGUCGUCCGGACCGCGUACCUACUGUAGCGAGGCCUUCCCCAGCCGCACCCUCGAGCGAGCCUUCGCGCUCUACAACCUGCUGGCGCUCUACCUGCUGCCGCUGGUCGCCACCUGUGCCUGCUACGGGGCCAUGCUACGUCACUUGGGCCGGGCCGCCGUGCGCCCAGCGACCGCCGACGGCACCCUGCAGGGGAAGCUGCUGGCGGAGCGGGCGGGUGCCGUGCGGGCCAAGGUCUCCCGGCUGGUGGCGGCCGUGGUCCUGCUCUUCGCUGCCUGCUGGGGCCCCAUCCAGCUGUUCCUGCUGCUGCAGGCGCUGGGCCCGGCCGGCGCCUGGCAUCCGCGCAGUUACGCCGCCUACGCGCUCAAGAUCUGGGCACACUGCAUGUCCUACUGCAACUCGGCGCUGAACCCAUUGCUCUACGCCUUCCUGGGCUCCCACUUCCGCCAGGCCUUCCGCCGCGUCUGCCCCUGCGCUCCCCGGCCGCUCCCGCGGCCCUGGCGGCCCGGACCCUCGGAUCUCGCGACCGCCGGCCAAACCCAGCUGCGACGCCUGGGCCACGCCAGGCCCCCCGAAGUCAGGCAGCGACCUGGGUCUGGAUUCGACCCCAGUCUUGCCCAGAACCUGCUGUGUGUCCUCCAGCAGGACAACUCAAGCCUAUUUUCUCCAUCCGUGAAACAUGGCCCGUCCAGCCUCCUUCCAUAA